AUGUUGACAUCUGGUUAUAUUCAUCCAGAUCCAAAAGUGAAGAACCCAGAACCACAGAAAUUCAGCUUUCACGACCGGGACCACAAAGUAUUGGUGCUGAACGGUGGGACCCUCAUAGCAGUUCACAAAAAACCCAACACAAGCCCAGGAGGCUUGAACCCGAGUGAAGGAGCCGGCAGCCCCACAGGCAGAAGGCUCAUGCCUGCUCUGAGGACCACCCUGCUUUCUGUGACUCUUUCCCCAGAGACCUUCUACGUCUUAGCCUCUCGCCUGAGCUCAGCGGGUGACAAGGGAAACCCCGUUUUCCUGGCCGUCUCAGGAGGAAAGCUGUGUCUUUACUGUGAGAUGGACAAGAAGAAAGGCCAGCCCACCCUCCAGCUGAAGAAGAAGAAGCUCUCCCACCUGCGUGCCUCAGACACAACAGAUUCGAAGGGCUUCACCUUCUACAGGAAGGAGGGAGGUGCCGGAAACACACUGGAGUCGGCGGCCCACCAGGGCUGGUUCAUCAGCACCUGCCAUGCGAAUGAACAUGUCAGAAUGACAGACAAGCCUGGCGGAGAGGAGCUCAUCGACUUUACAUUUGUGCCAGUCAGCAAAGCUCACAUGAGCCCCAGUGAGGUCAGCGAGUAG